AUGGACCUGUCGCAGACGAGCCUUGUGACCCGCGUCUGCGAUGAAGACAGCUCCCUCCUCGUCGCCUCCACGCAGGCCAAGUUGCUCUCGGACAUCAACAAGUUCCUGGGAAUACAGAAAACUGCCUUCGAAGCCACCUUCGAUCAGCCAGGCGUCACACUUUGCAUGCUGUGCAUCAUCUUGUGGAACCUUUGCGUGUAUCGCGAGCUUCGAAACAUCUGGCUGAACCUGCAGGGAGACAGCCCGGAAAGAGCGUGGGAUAUUCGGCCUAUCGACCUUGCUCUUCUGUGGAUUCGUGGGAUACUUAUUGACCAGGCGGUGAUGCAGCUGCCGCGUGCACAAUCCACGGAGCUGCACCAGGAUCUGAGAAGCUUUUGCUGCAGCACCUUCGCGGCUCUUUUCAUCCUGGUCUUCUCGGGAGAGUUUGUUGUCGCCAACUGCGAGCUUGCCAUGUUUUCCAUCAUUGUGACGGCCUACCUGCUUCGUGGUGCACUCGCAAUUGCACUGCUGGUCGGUGGAACGCAGUGGCUGGGGCGCACCACCUCCAUUGUGGACCUGAUCCUGAAUGCCGUGGCUCUGAAUGGCAUCUUGGACAUCGACGAGUUCCUUUUCGAGGCAAUGGUGCCCACGAAGAUCCAGUUGGCGAUCCAGAAGCCACUGGGAGUCAGCGAGCUGCAGCCGAUACAGCUGAAAUACACGAAAGGGAAGAGCCAGGCUUUCAACUUCACGAUGUUGCUCAUAAUGCUCUUGGUGCCUUACCUAGUGCUCAUCGUGCCGCUGACCCAGAGAAUGCUCGAAGUGAAGCGGGAGAUGUGCUUCGGCAUCCAGAACUUCGUCGUCGCCUACAAUUCCGAUGCACCUUGCAUGCUUGAGGGCUGCAAGCUCCAGCAUCGAAGGGCUCGAAAAAUCUAG